AUGUCUGCCAAAGCAGUAGUAACCGCUACCAUCCGUGGUAUCCAAGUGCCUCCUAUGGCUAUUGGUACUUGGUCAUGGGGUGAUACAUCUACUUGGGGUUACAAACCGGAAGAUAAUGCAGGUAUCAAAGAAGCUUGGGAAGCUUGUAAUAGGGUUGGCCUGACAUUUUACGAUUCUGCGGAAGGAUAUGGUUGGGGUGAGAGUGAAAGAAUGAUAGGACGUUUGUUGAAAGACACCGAUCCUGAGAUUAGGAAGAAGAUUUAUAUCGCAACCAAAUAUCUGCCUUGGCCUAACCAUAAGAAUUUCUUCCUCUGGUCACCUGGUGUGAUCUCGGCUUGCACUAAAUCCCGUGACCGUUUGGGUGUAGAAAUGAUCGACCUCUAUCAGGUUCAUAUUCCUCUAUCGAUCCACUCUUUCGAGUCAAUCGCUCGUGAACUCGCUCAAUGUGUCAAAAUGGGGUUAUGCAGAAACGUAGGAGUCUCCAAUUAUUCUCUUCAAGAAGUAAUCCGAAUGUCCGAUGCAUUAGAGAAAGAAGGCGUUUCUUUAGCUUCUAAUCAAGUCGAAUUCUCUUUACUUCAUCAGUUACCGGAUACGAAGGGUAUGUUGUCCGAACUGAAGAAGAGGGAUAUAGCUAUGCUUGCUUAUUCUCCUUUGGCAAUGGGUCGUCUUACUGGAAAAUACGGUCCGGAGAAUCCUCUUCCUAAAGGUAGAGCGUUUGGCGCAGGUCAAACCUGGGAACAACUAGAACCUCUCUUCACGGAAAUGAAAGACCUCGCUACCAAAUACUCGGUGUCCGUUUCGGCCAUAGCUUUAAAUUGGGUGAUUCGGAAAGGUGCCAUACCUCUCGGAGGAGCUAGAAACGCUAGACAAGCGGAACAGAACGCCUUGGCCGCUACUUUCAGUUUGACCGAUGAGGAAGUAGCAAGUCUUGCUAGUCAAGGUACAGAGGGAAAAUAG